UCAAGCUGCUCUGGUUCGCUUCCUGGAUUCGAAGUGCACGUUUUCUACUCGCCGCUUUUUGAUUCUCCUCCAGAAACAACGAGCUGAUGGCAAAGGACAAGUCUUUGAAAAAAAAUCCCCCCAAGGGAAAGAAAUCCAGCUUUAAUGAGGGAGAAGAAGCCAUGGAAACUCAAACCAAGAAGAAGAGAAAACACGUGGAAGUAGAGGACUCCCCAGUUCAGAUUCCAGAUGAGAAAACGAGCAAAAAGGACAAAAAACUCAAGAAGAAGAAGAAGAAGGCAACAAGAGAAGCUGACUUGGAUCGAGUUGAGCUUCCUGAGGAAGACGAGGAUCCCGAAGGACCUUUGACCCCUGAAGAGAAACGGGUUCUGGAAAGGAAGCUGAAGAAGAUCCGGAAAAAGGAGGAGAAGAAGAAGCUGAAGGAAUCCGGACCGGCUGACCCAAAAACCGCAGAACCUGGACCGAGCGCAUCCAAGCAGGCCUUGGACUACCUCACAUGCUGGGCGGAAAGCCGUUCAGCCUGGAAGUUUCAGAAGAUCCGACAGACCUGGUUACUGCAGCACAUGUACGACUCCGAGAAGGUUCCAGACGAUACAUUUGUGGUUCUGCUUCAGUAUCUGGAGGGAAUGUUUGGACGAGCGAAGGAAACGACGGUCCAGAAGGCCUUGGCGCUGGUGGAGGAAUCCGGGAAGGCGCCGCAGGACGCGUCUGUCCAGCAGAGGGCGCAGCGGGCCAGAGAAGUCAUCCAGCUCCUCUCCUGACCCUGAGGGACUCCUGCACUGAAAUGAGCCAGGAAGAGGCAGAACCGAGGCGCGCAGCUCCCUGUAAAUAACAUCCAACAUGAUUUUCUGUGCUACUAAAACCUAAAAACAGAAACUCUUCCUCAUGUUUGCAACAUUUUGAAUCUCAAACUAUUUUCCAAAAAACUGAUUUGAGUCUUCUGGACGUUGUUUUCACAAUGAGGCGGACAAUGAAAAGCUGGAAAAUCAGGAAUAUUUAUGGUUGGGAUGCGUUGGGACACUUCGGACCUGUAAACAAGUCCCACUGAUGCGACGCUGUAAAACUCACUGCGUUAUUUUAACUCACCCGAACUAUAACAAGCUGCUUCAACAGCCUUUUUAUAUACGACAUGUCAUCUGUUCUGAUCAGAAACUUACAUACACUGAAGACAGGAAAAAAA